CACCACCGAAGAAGAAGGGAACUUUGUAGCUGCUGCUCUCUUUUGACGUCCAACUUCAAGCAUUUCAACUUUCCCCAAGACGUAGGUGUAGCUUUCCAUUUUUUUCGUGUAAUUAUUACGUUUAAUUCACUACCUAAGCGUCAGUUUUAUAUAUUUUCUUUACUAGGCUAGCCAGUUUCUCCAGCCUGCCGGAAAUUUAUAAGAAGAAGAAGAAGCCAGCUUAGUUUUGUGCUAUAAUGUCCGGCGGAGGAGUCAUCCGAGGACCAGCGGGCAGCAAUGACUGUCGGAUAUACGUGGGGAAUCUCCCUCCCGACAUCCGUUCAAAAGACGUGGAGGACUUGUUUUACAAAUACGGAUCAAUUCGUGAUAUCGAUCUGAAAAACCGCAGAGGAGGACCACCGUUUGCCUUCGUGCAGUUCGAGGACCCGAGGGAUGCUGAGGAUGCCGUCUAUGGGCGUGACGGCUAUGACUACGAUGGCUACCGACUGCGUGUUGAGUUUCCUAGAAGUGGAAGGGGAAGUGGUGGUGGUGGUGGCGGAGGCGGUGGUGGAGGUGGUGGUGGAGCGAUGGGACCCCCAAGGGGAAGGUACGGCCCUCCGUCCCGACGCUCAGAGAACAGGGUCGUUGUGUCAGGUCUUCCUCCCAGCGGGAGCUGGCAGGACCUGAAGGAUCACAUGCGAGAGGCAGGUGAUGUAUGUUAUGCUGAUGUGUAUCGUGAUGGCACCGGAGUGGUGGAGUUUGUACGCAAAGAAGACAUGACCUACGCUGUCCGUAAAUUGGAUAACACCAAGUUUCGCUCUCAUGAGGGAGAGACGGCCUACAUCCGUGUGAAGAUGGAUGGUCCUCGGAGCCCCAGCUACGGUCGAUCUCGGUCUCGUAGCCGCAGUCGAAGCCGAAGCAAGAGUGGUUCUCGCAGCUUCCCCCGUCGCAGCAGAGGGUCUCCACGCUACUCUCCUCGGCGUUCCCGCUCCCGCUCUCGUACCUAAACACACCUGACCUACACUGAAGCAGUGGUGUGCCUCAGAGCCAGAGAGGAAAUGUUCACAUCACUCAACAAACCUUGUAUACUCUCGAAGGAUCUUCUUCUGUCACCUGUGUAUGCUGUCAUGCCAUGUUACAUUUCCCCCCCAUGCUUUUGGUUGAAGUUUAUUUUUCGUUCUCAUUUUUGCAGACCAGAGCGUGGUCUGUCUACAUAACCCAGUUUUGCUUCAUUCUAGCCUUUUCCUUUUCUCAUAAACGUUCUUUUUCUGCUAUCUAUCGUUCCCUCAUCUCUGUACUUUUUUUUUCUCUUGUCCUUGUUGAAUACUUUGUUUCAAUUCAUUUUAAUUUCAUUUAUGAAGAUUUUUACUUCUUUCAAGCAUUUACUACUGUCCUUUUGACCUUCUUGUGUGUUUCUCUGUAGAGUUCAGUGGAUCAGGAUAGGAUGGGACAGAGGAGACAGUUCAUAUUAGGAUAAACAGGAGGAGGAGGAGGAGGAGUCAAAUAUGGCACCAAUGGUAUGAUGGCAGUGCCUUGUCAACUGUGAAAUCUGCAUUCUAAGGCUGUUAGUUUUUACACACGCUUUAAAAUGGAGUGCCGUUUCUGAAUGUUUUCAGUAGUUACAGGUUUUGUGUACCACUUUGUUUUUGGAGACCCAAAGCUUUUUUUGUUUGUUUUGUUUUGCUUUUCCUCUUUUUUUCAGCAUCCAAAGUAAAUCUUGGUAUUUUGGGCUUUAUUAUAGAUGGUGACCUCUGGUAGUUGCAUUUAUUGACAUUACUUGAAGUUUUUUUUUUUUUUUUGAAGGUGUGAUUCUAACUCGCCUCCUUCUCUUUGGUUCUGCUGGUAUUCUGAAGGUUUGGACUGGGCUCAGUGUCUCCCCAUUCCGGAGCCGGAUCAGGAUUCAGGAUCAGAUCAGGAUUAGGAUUAGGCUUCAGGAUGGAUACAUGGAGCACGACCCCCGGCCCUGUCCACAUAACCCCCAUCAAACCGGAAACAUUGUAGUGAGAAAUUUAAACUGAAUUGGCUUUCGAAUUACUCAAAUAGUUGUUGUUGGUUUUUUUGUUUGUUUUGUUUUGUGUGGGACCUCAGAGACACAAUUUCUGACGGCACAGUGAGGAGGGAUACAUUUUUUAAAAAAAUUUUGUUCAUAAAUUCUCAAAAAGAAGAGCAAAUCUCGGAUCAAAUCCAGGAGGAGGGCUGGGAGGUGCAGGAUGGAUCCACACGCAUAAGGAGAGUGGUAAAUAGUGGGUAAAUGUUACCAGUGGAGGUGGGAGGGAAGGAAGAGGGAGGUCUGGGAGGCGACAAGGGAAUGUGACCUUAAUGUGGUUUGUAUUUCUUUUCAUAGGUCAGUCUUUCCAAAGGUGGAGGAAUUCUAAUUUCUUACAUAUAAUCUCCAAUAUUUCAAAGCUUUAUUCUCUUUUAAUAAAACAUUCAGUAACAUGAAA